AAGUGUGUCUGACCAGUUUUAAGAGAGGUUAUGCAAACAUCUAAGUUCUGGAUUGCUAGCAGACGUCAAGAAACAAAGGUUGAAGGAAUAAGAGGACCAUCAUCGGACUAUUAAAAAAGAGUGUGAAGGAUAAAAGAAGGGGAGAGAUGGAUUAACUUUGACCCAACCUUGGAGGAAGUUGGGAAGUUGCUUGUCGACUUUGGUGAAAAUCGAAUGGAAUCAGGAGGUCACCUGAGGCACAGACCUGGAGUUGUGCUGCUACACAUUGAAUAUCAGUCCUGUCAAUCACAGUGUGUGUUAGUGAGGAUCCCGGCUGUGCUCAGUAUCACGGUGUGCUUAGAACACUAGUAUGAUCGGCUAUCCAGGGCUUUAAGACACCUGCACAAAGGCACAUGCGGUUCGAUAAUACAUUACUCUUUGUUAGAGAUCAUCCUGCGCUUUAGCUGCUUCUACCGUCUGUGAUUUUUAGUGUUUUAGAGUCGAACCUUUCAAUAUUUCACACAUACGCUGUAGAAACACAUUCACUCAAAGUGCUAGCACAUUUCUCAAUCAGUUACAAAGCAACUACAAUGAAUUGUACUUGAGAUUUUAAAAACGAACGUCUGAAAUAAUCUUGAUAUUUUGCUUCACGCAAUCUCAACUUUAAUAUCAUGUUGGAUUGGUUAUAGAAAUGUUUAUAGAACGUAAACAACGUUGAGCAUCUACCAGUAAAUCUGCUUCUUUUCUGAAGUCGCUCAAAUGCGGUUAUUUAACGUCUAGCAGUUUAAAUACUCCUUUGAAAUCUGCAGAAAACAGUUGGCAGAGUAGAUAGCGCAUUGAUUUAUGAUUGUUCCAGCGAGCCAGACUGUGUUUGCGGUAUCACGGUGUCAUUCUGGCACUGAGGUGUGUGUAGUGAUGAGGUGAAUCUCAGCAGGCUCUACCUCAUCAUCAAAGACAAAAACAAACUCGCAGAAACAGACAAGGUGUUAAGAGGAAAAGCAGGACUUUCAUAAGCGAUUGGGAUUCAAAAAUCUGUGAUGUGGUUAGCCGGCUACCGUUUCAGAUACAAACCCAACAGCCUUCUGCACAACAAGUAUGAUAUUAUCUAAAAGCGACUUCUCCAUUAGUGUUGGUAGCAUUCUCGUUUGAGUGGUGUGACAGUAAAGUUAAGUGUGGAAAUUGCCACGCGAAAUGAGUUUCUUUUCACUCCUGAACAUGAAGAUGGGACUCUUUUAAUUAGCCGCCUUUGGUCGGUUUGCUAUCACAUGCGAUAUUAGGAUUCAAACGCAGUCGCUAAAGUGAUUUAGUUAACCCGCCACUUAAAGAGCGCUGGUGUUUAGUGUAGUAAUUUUGCUGCGGUUUCAGCUGUCGGCUGUGUAGCGUGUGCUGAAUUGUGCAGUCAUCAACUACAGAGGCCUCAUUGAUCAGCCAGCGAGCCUCAAUACACAAUGAGACCCGGCCAGCGAUCUCUCCUCCUCUCCUCCUCUUCAUCCCUCCUGCUGCGAUCCCUCGUUCUGCUCUCCCUCUGCCCGAGGGGGCAGGCCGUCCAGGCUGAGAACGUGACCGUGCUGGAGGGAGGAACGGCUCAGAUCUCCUGCCGUCUCCAGAAUUACGACGGUUCAAUCGUGGUCAUCCAGAACCCACGCAGACAGACGCUCUUCUUCAAUGGAACACGAGCGCUGAAAGAUGACCGUUUUCAGAUGGUUCUUUUUACGCCGAAGCUGGUCCGCAUCACGUUGACUAAUGUAAGUGUGUCAGACGAGGGUGGCUACUUCUGCCAGCUCUACACCGAUGAUACACACCACCAGGUGGCGACGCUGUCGGUGGUGGUGCCUCCGGAGGUGCCCAGCGUGGAGGUGAAGACAGAGGCGGUGGAGGGAGGAGAGGUUGAGCUCACAUGUUUGUCCCUGCGGAGCAAACCUCCAGCCACACUGCGCUGGGUUCGAGACCGCAGAGAGAUCCCUGGUGUGAUCUCCCAGCAGGAGAAUGGCAAGACUGUGAGUGUUUCCAACACUAUCCGUAUCCCCGUGGAGAGGAAAGAUAACGGAGCGGCGCUGAGCUGUGAGGCGUCUCAUCCCGCACUCGUGAGCCAGAAGCGAGUUCGUCACUACAGCCUGGACGUUCACUUUGCUCCUACGGUGAAAAUCGUUCCCCCUCAGGGCAUCCUCCGAGAGGGAGACUCCCUCAGUCUCACCUGCUCCGUUACCGGAAACCCACUACCACGUGACAUCCAGUGGUCACGAGUGAACGACACUCUUCCUGAGAGGGCGGAGAAAACCGGCAACAUCCUCCACAUGUCUCGCCUCAGCCAAUCACACAAUGGCACCUACCUCUGUCAGGCGCAUAAUAAUUACGGCCGUGCAGCUGAUCACUACACACUGCUGGUGUACGUGUCUGUUGCUCAAUCUCAUCCUGCCAUCGCUCACCCCAACCUUCCAUCCUCCAAGGAAUACCAAGAUCCCGGAGCAGUGGUGGAGACCCACAGUGCCGUCCCAUAUGCAGUGAUUGGGGGCAUCCUGGCCCUGCUGGUCUUCACUGUCAUCUGUGUGCUCAUCGUCACCAUCUGGUGCUCCGUCCGGCAGAAAGGUUCAUAUUUGACUCAUGAGGCCAGUGGUUUGGAUGAACACGGCGAGGUUCAGGAGGCCUUCCUCAACGGGAAUGAUGCCAGCCAGGGCAAGAAGGAGUACCUACUGUAGCGCCGCCCUAGUGGAGUUCUUGAGAAACACUGGACCGCUGCAGACUGCACACCGCAACACACACUGUUCCCAAACAGACCUACACACCACCACUACGACAACCAGAGGGAAUCACAAUCGUGCCAUAUGAAGGAAGAUGGAGUGGGAAGGAGAGGACGGAGAAAUUAAUGGAGGAGCGAGAGAGACGAAAGCAGAGGACAAUUAUUCUGACUGAAAAACACCAUCACGCUCACUGUUUUUUUUUAGUUGCGACAACUAAACUGUAAUUGCAGGACUAAGAGAGAAAAGUGUCCAUUUCUAAACAAGCCGUCUAUAACCAUGCGGGACAGUGUGGCUUAUGAGGUUUUGAAUGUCCCAAAGUGAGCAAAUUGAAAUCCUCUGCAUUUUUGCCCAGCGCCUGGGCCUCAGAGACUGAGCCGGUAGAGAAUAAAUCCACCAACAACAGCGCUGAGAGCUCAGAGCCGUCCUCAUAAAGUAUUCAUCUGCGCUUUUCAUCCGGCAACUCCAUUAUCUGCUCACGCUGGCCAAAACCUGUUGACUUGUGAAGAAAAGUUCCUCUCGUUUUUGAUCCUCUCUCGGUGACUCUCUCCAGCGCUCCUUCCUCUCCCUCCUCUAUCUCUCCACUUUUGUUUGUUAAUAAUUAAGGGAUUAGACAUGUUCUCUUUUAUGAGCCGAAUGAAUUGAAGCAGACCGCUUGCUCCGACACUGUAAAAAUAGGGGCUUAAUUAUCGCAAAUAGUCAUUGGGAACGUGGAACCGCGACUUGGGUGAGAAAAAAGGCAGUUUGUCGAGAACAUGUCGGAAAUUACGUUUUUUUUUUUUCGUUUUUUUGAUUGCUCCACACAAAAACACACAAUGAAACAUAUCUCUAAAGUCAUUAUUUGUAUGAAAAAGUCUACAAAGUAAGUUA